CCCUGCGUGAAAAAUAGGAGCAGAAAACAGAUAGAAGUAAUCAUCCUUAAAACAGAAUUUAUAUUAACUUUAUAUUACCUAGCUAUGAGUUUUAUGAAUGUAAACACAUUAAAACACAAACAUACAGCAAUAUUGUUUUACUUUUGCUGCAACAUACUAAAUUUUGAUGCUUUAGUUUUCUCUCAGUGUAAAAACUUGAAGAUAAAAACCACAACAGACACAUAAUUAACUACCUGUAACUGAUAUUAACCUAAAAAUCCUUCAGUCAGGAGUUGAUUCUUUGGCACAUUUGAACAUGUAAAUGUGCAUAAAUAUGACUUUAACGAAAAGAUAAGACAAGAGAAAUCGAAGAGUCAAAAUUAAUUAAAAACAGGUUACAUCAGAAGCUUUUAUUUUGUUGACAUUCUGACCGGAUGUGGUGACUGCAGUUAUCUAACUUAAUGAGUUAUUUAUUGCAACAACAAAACACAAGACUUUGUGUUUAGUUCAUGGGAGUUAGACAAGAAAUGGCCUUUAAUUAAAUCCAGGGUUUACCCGAAGUUUAAUUUACGCCUUUAUUCUGUAAAAGCUCUUCCGGUUAGCCUAGCUGCUAGCUCCGCUCAGCCUCCCCGGAAAGAAUCAGCUGAUUCCAGGCUCCAACAUGGAGGACAUGUACGUGAAACCCGGUAACCAGGAGCGAGGCUGGAAUGACCCCCCUCAGUUUUCCUACGGGCUGCAGACGGCUCGCGGACCUCAGAGGAACCCCUUGAGCAAGAGAGCCGUUCCAGCAGCGAAUUCAGGUCCAGGAGCUCCACCCACAGCCCCUCUGUCCUCCAACCCCAUGGCCCCGCCCAUGUGUGGAGUAGCUCCGCCUCCUCUGCCAGCUGGACGUCCACCUGAGGCCACGCCCCCUGCCCAAACGGGACCAAUGAGAAGGCAGGGAGAGGCGGAUAGCAGCCAAUCAGAGCCCGACCUGGAGGCUGUGAUGUCAGUGCUGAACAGAGCGCUAGAGGCCUGCAGGAGCUCCGUGAGGGCUCAGGUGUGUAAUGAGGUCGCUAAGAGGCUCUGCCUCCUGGAGGACAGCUGGAGGUCAGGUAAACUCAGCCUACCUGUAACCAGACGCAUGGACGUCCUGUCCCAAGAGCUGCAGGCCGGUCACUGGGACUCUGCUGAUGAAGCUCAUCGCUCUCUGAUGGUCGACCAUGUGACCGAGGUCAGUCAAUGGAUGGUCGGCGUUAAGCGGCUCAUCGCUGAGACCCGCAACCUGAGUCCAGAACACCUGAAACUGCUCCAGAACCCAACGGUACCAGCCCAGGACCCAACAGAACCAGCCAAGGAUCCAAUAGAACCAACCCAGAACCCAGGAUGCCAGUCCUGAGUUUCCCAGAACCCUGGGCGAGAUUCUGUACUGUUCUUCACAUCUUCUGCGCCGGACCAGUUUCAGUUGUUUUGGUACUGGUACCAUCUGUUUCUGUUCACCUGUUUUGGACUCCUACAUCCUGGGACUCUGAUUCUGCUCAGACAGACCCAUCAUCAGAACCUCAGACGGUAAACUGAACCGGACCUACUGACAUCAGAACUCUGGACUCUUGGUUCUGGAACCAGAACCUCUGUAGGUCAUCAGGUGGACUCGUACCAGAAGAACCAGAACUUUAAGGCCCAGACUAUGAGGGUUCUGGACUUUAGGGAACCAGAACUUCUUCAUCAGAACCAGCUGUUUAGAACCAAACUGAACCAGAGCGGACCAUUCAGCUGAUUGGAUGGAAAGCUUCAGUCGUUUGUUGAUACCAUAGAACCUCAGCAUGGGUCCAGACCCGGUUCUGGAUCCUCAGCUGAAUGACUGGUAAACAUUGACGUUUCCCAGCCGAUCAGCUGUGUGCAUAGCUCCGCUCUGAUUGGUCAGUUUUCCUGUAGGGGCCACUCUGAUUGGUCUUCUGAAACGAUUACAGCUUUGACAAUUUCCUCUGUGUGUUCUGAUCCGAUUGUAACCCUGACUGGUUCUGUUGCGGCGCAGCAGCAGAAUAAACAUCUGAAAAGUG